CGGCGACAUUUUGACAAGAUCCGGAACCGACGACCUUAGAAGCCCUCCCGCCUUCGCGACGACACCCGCUCCGCUCGCUCAGGAAAAGCACCACCAAACUAUUCACAAUGGCGAGCAAGCUCACUCCCCUCAUCCGCUCCGCCAUCCGGCCGGUGUGCCGGGCUGCCCGCCCUCAGUCUCGCGCCGCCUUCUCUCUCACAGCCAGCCGACGAAGCGACACUCUCAUGGUGCAUCGAAACACCGAGGACAACAACCCCGACAUCCCCUUCAAGUUCAACGAGAAGAACCAGACCGUGAUUGCCGAGAUCCUCAAGCGAUACCCUCCCCAGUACAAGAAGGCUGCUGUCAUGCCUUUGCUAGACCUCGGCCAGCGCCAGCACGGCUUCACCAGCAUCAGCGUCAUGAACGAGGUCGCCCGUCUUCUUGAGAUGCCUCCUAUGCGAGUGUACGAGGUUGCCUCUUUCUACACCAUGUACAACAGAACUCCCGUGGGCAAAUAUUUUGUUCAAAUCUGCACUACGACACCUUGCCAACUUGGAGGCUGUGGAUCUGAUGUUAUCGUCAAGGCUAUCAAGGAGGAGCUCGGAAUUGAGCAGGGCCAGACCACUGCUGACGGUCUCUUCACCAUUCUCGAGGUCGAGUGCCUCGGUGCCUGCGUCAACGCUCCCAUGAUUCAGAUCAACGACGACUACUAUGAGGAUCUCACCCCCGCCUCCGUAAAGGAUCUCCUCAAGUCCCUUCGGGCCCAGGCUACUGCUUCCGACCCCUCUACUGUCAACGUCCCCAAGCCUGGUCCUCUCAGCAGCCGAGACACAUGUGAGAACAGUGCUGGUCAAACAAGCCUUAACGCGGAGCCCUGGGGAACCGAGACCACAAGGGCGGACCUGUAGAAUUAUAACAUUAUUAUCUCUCUUUUUUUAGUUCAAUAGCAAGAAAUGCAAAAAGUGUCCGGCGGGAGGAGGCUUCAACUGUACAUAACAUCAUGUCAAAUGCUUUCCCAGGUAUAGAAUGUGUGGAUUCUCGUCAAUGGCAAUAU